UCAAGUGAUCGAGAGAGAGAGACAAAAAAAAUGUUUAAGGUUAAAGAAAUUCAGUAGAGUCAAUUAAAAAAAAAAGACAGUUAUACAUAUGGCUCAACAAAUUCCGAGAAAUGCCAUCGUCUGCUUAGCGCAGAAAACAAGAGUUACGUUUGCUGAUAAAAGUUUGAUCAACAGAUGCCCGAAAAGAAUUUUGAGACUUAGAAAUAUUUGUAUUCUGGUCAGUUUUCUGAUCAGUGUGAUUUUUCUCUAUAAACUAUCAUUUAUUUCAAAUCGAAACACUGGACAAUGUGUUCAGAAUAAGACAACUUUGCUAAUCUUACCAAGAACCAAUAUAGACUACGAUGACGUCAGCCUAGAUGUUUUGUCGCUUCGUCAUAAACUUCAACAACAACCGAACCAGACACAAGACACACAGGUUCAACAACUGCCACACCAACGCAAUCUUAGUUCGUCACGAUGCUCGAAAUUGCCGCCAACUUUAGUUGGACGUCUUGACACAGACAAAAAUUUGAUUUCCUUAAAACAGCUAGGAUUGAAGUUUCAACACUUAUUCAACCAUGGUCGACUUCAACCACGUGAUUGCCAAGCUCUUCAGCGAUUGGCUAUUAUCAUUCCGUUCCGGAAGCGAUGGUCCCAUUUAAUUGUUCUGCUCAAUAACCUCAUCCCCCUGUUGUCAAGGCAACAGGCGGAUGUUCAUUUCUUUGUUGUUGAACAGUCCUCGAGAUCAACCUUCAACAGAGGCGCUUUACAAAACGUUGGCUUUCUGGAAGCCCUACAGUUAGGUCAGUUUGACUGUUUUAUCUUCCACGAUGUUGACCUGGUCCCAUUGAAUGACAAGAAUCUGUACAGGUGUGGAGACAAUCCCAGACAUUUCUCUGUCGCUCUCAAUAAAUACUCAUACAGUCUUCUGUAUCCUGGCUACUUUGGUGGUGUGGUUGGACUGUCCACACAACAAUAUCGUGACAUCAACGGAAACUCAAACUUGUAUGUGGGCUGGGGUGGAGAAGAUGACGAUUUGUUAGAGAGACUUUUGAACAAAGGUUACUACAUCAGUCGCUACGCCACUGACCUAUCUAAGUAUGAUAUGAUACAGCACGGCAUGGAGGAAGGGAACAAACCAAACCCUUUCAGGUUAAUGCUCCUGGAAACGGCUCGUGUACGGCAGGAGGUGGACGGACUAACCAGCAUUCAGUACAACAAGACUAUCACAGACCUGAUUCUCUUCACUCUCAUCACUGUAGACAUUGACAACGAACAACUUCUGAGGGAUGUUUGGGCGGGAGGAACGCCUUUAGAUAAUUGCACCGAGUGACACCAACCCAAGUGACGCCUCUGAACAAGAUUCUGUUAGAAAUCACAGUGUGAUUUGUUGAACUGUUCUUGCAUGUCUGAAUAUCCAGACGCUUAGAACACUGCAUUCUCGUAUUUCAUUUUUUUUAUAGCACUCUUUGGAACAAACUCAAUUUUAAACUUGCACAAUACAGUCUUGUUAAACAUUCUUGUAAUUAAAACAAAAAGUAAACUGAAAAGCAAAUAGUAAAGACCAUAGAUGUUUAGUUGAAAAAUCGAAUAAAUAUGUACCUGUUUCAUUUUGGUAUCAGAUACCAUAACGGUGUAUAUAUAACACUAUAUACAUAACACAAAAGAGGAUGUAGAUUUAAAAAAUCCGUAAAUUAUGUGUGUAUAUAUACCCAAAGCCACAACAGACUACGUCUCUAAGUUGAUACGUAUUUGAAUCACGUUGAUAUCCUUUUACAUAUUUGAACUACAAACUGACUUGCGCUUCAUCUUUCGUUACAUAGUUUUGUGUCCCGCCCACAGACCCUUAUAGGCCUAUAUUAUAUCUAGACUGGAUAAUAAUUUAACACAACAAAAAAAAAUGUGAAAAAACGUCAAAAAAAAAGCUGAAACAAGGCAUUGUUUUUGUCACAGUCUCGC